AUGUGGGACUUCGACCAUUGUGACCCUCGCCGCUGCUCAGGGAAGAAACUCGCGCGCCAGGGCCUCAUACAGGAUUUGCGAAUCGGACAGAGGUUUCGCGGUGUUGUGAUCUCUCCAAAGGGGACGCAACCAGUGAGCCCCGCCGAUCGCGACAUUGUCGCACAGAGUGGACUGGCGGUAGUCGAAUGCUCAUGGGCACGGCUUGAUGAGGUGCCCUUCAACAAGAUCGCAAGUCCUAACGAACGUCUCCUACCUUACCUUGUGGCCACGAACCCCGUGAACUACGGCAAGCCAUGGAGGCUCAAUUGCGUCGAGGCUCUCGCCGCUGCGUUUUACAUCACAGGGUACGAUUCGUACGCGGAGCGCCUGCUUAGCGGUUUUGGAUGGGGCCACUCGUUCUAUGAAGUGAACAAACACAUGUUGGAGAAAUACAAGACCUGCGAGAAUGCAGAGGCGGUAAGCGCUAUGCAAGAGGAGAUUCUUGCUGAGCUGGAGAAGAGCUACGAUGAGUCAAGGAGGACAUCAGACGGCGAGGACCUCUUAGUUCCGAACCCAAACCACCAUCACCCUCCAGAAAGCUCCAGCGAAGAAGAGGACGAGUCUGAAGAGGACGGUCCAGGCAAUGCCGAUGAAGCAAAGUAA